AUGACUUCACCUUUCUCCUGGCUGCGGCGCAUUUACUCGCUCGACACCCUUGACACUCGCUUCACCUCUUCCGCCAUCAACACAGCUGACACGCGACCUACCUCCGCCAAAGAUGCCCGCGCUCAUGCCAUUGCCCAAAAUGCUCGCGCUCCACUCUGGCGUACACCUGAAUUCUUUAUCUACUAUCUUUUCUUCAUAUUCCUCGUUCCUUUGAUGUUCAAAACCGUGGUGGAUGCUUCAAAAGAAAGCCACCCGAUUUACCCUACAUACUCAGAUCUCCUAUCACCAGGAUGGAUACCUGGCCGUUUAGUCGACAACUCCGAUGCGCAAUAUGCCAGCUUCCGCGACAACAUUCCCUACCUCGUCCUGCUUCUGAUUGCACACCCAUUGGUUCGCCGAAUCUAUAACUCGCUCACAAGCAGCGCCGGUACCUCCACCAAACCCUCCAGCUCAUCCACGGCGGCCGCAGGAGAUGCACAGCUGGAACAGCGCAUGCGCUUUGACUUCGUAUUCGGAAUUGUCUUCAUUACAGCCCUCCAUGGAGUUUCCGCGUUGAAGGUGCUCCUUGUAUUGCUUAUCAACUACCGCAUCAGCAAGAACCUCCCUCGGUCUUACAUUCCGGCUGCAACAUGGACUUUCAACAUCUUCAUUCUCUUCGCCAAUGAACUGUCUGGAGGAUACCCGCUGGAAAAGAUAGCCAUGCUUUUGACAGGAGACAAGAGUUCCUUGCUGGUCCAGUGGGCCCAGACUCUAGACAGCUUCGGAGGCAUCAUGCCCCGAUGGGAAGUUCUUUUCAAAGUCACCGUGUUGCGGCUGAUAAGUUUCAACAUGGACUACUAUUGGAGUGUGAACUAUCCCUCCGCAAGCCCGAUCGAAGUAUGUCCUCCUUUGGUGUCCAAUCCCGGACUUCCCACCUCUCGACUGGAUAUAGAACUGACCGAAUUCCACAAGAAGAAGCAGCUCGACCCCGCAGCUCUUUCUGACCGAGAUCGCGUCAAAAUCCCCGCUGAGCCUGCUGCCUUCAAUGGACGCAAUUAUAUUGCCUAUGUACUCUAUUCGCCAUUGUAUUUGGCCGGCCCGAUCUUGACCUUCAACGAUUAUGUCUCCCAACAGCGAUAUACACCCCCCUCGCGGACACGAACACGCACCACGCUCUACGGUAUCCGCUUCAUCCUAACUGUCCUCUGCAUGGAGCUGAUCCUACACUACAUUUACGCGGUCGCCAUUUCCAAGGCCUCGCCGGAUUGGUCUAUUUUCACACCUGGCCAGCUCAGCAUGCUCGCUUUCUUCAAUCUUCAUAUCAUCUGGCUGAAGCUGCUUAUCCCAUGGCGAUUCUUCCGCCUAUGGGCUCUGAUUGACGGAAUCGACCCACCGGAGAAUAUGGUCCGUUGUAUGUCAAACAACUACUCCGCAUCUGCUUUCUGGCGUGGUUGGCACCGUUCGUAUAACCGCUGGAUCGUACGCUAUAUCUAUAUUCCGCUGGGUGGAGGCGGUAGUGGCCGAGCCCCGGCAGGUGAAAAGCAGACUUCCUCUGGUGCUUGGGCUAAGUUCUUGCAAAUCCGCAACUUGUUGCUGGUGUUCACGUUCGUGGCCCUGUGGCACGACAUUAACCUCCGUCUGCUGGUGUGGGGUUGGCUUGUCACGCUCUUUGUUCUCCCUGAGACUGUGGGUCGUAUGCUUUUCCCUGCCAAGCGCUGGCGCUCACAUCCUACUACUUACCGGUGGCUCACUGGUAUGGGUUCUGUUGGCAAUGUCCUGAUGUUGAUGGUUGGAAACCUUGUUGGGUUUGCGCUUGGCCUGGAUGGGCUGAAGGACUUGCUAACAAGUCUCACCGGAUCAUAUUCUGGCGUGGCGUAUAUGGUCGCGUGCUGCGUGGUGUUGUUUGUCGGAAUCCAAGUAAUGUUUGAGAUUCGUGAAGAUGAACUGCGCGUAGGCAUCGACCUGAAAUGUUGA